UGGUUUUAUUUUGAAAGGUUUCACCGGAAGCCAUAUCUUGAAUGAAUCUGGAUUUGACUAGUGUGCAGGCGCUCGUGUGGAUCGGUCUGUAUGAAGUGGAGCAAAAACACUUGAAAUUCCCACGAAACCACGUGACUAUGGCGGAGAGUUUCUUCUCCAGGAUGAAGAAUGAAGAUCAGGAAAAGAACUCAAAGACGUCAGCAGUCGUAGUGGUGCAUGGUGGGGCAUGGGCCAUACCUAAAGAGCUGGCCAAGGCCUCUGUUGAUGGAGUAAAGGUCGCAGCUUGUGAAGGAUAUUCAGUGCUGAAAAGAGGAGGAAGUGCACUGGAUGCUGUUGAGGCAGCUGUAAGGACAAUGGAAGAUAACACUGUGUUCAAUGCAGGGCACGGAGCAGCACUAAAUGCUGAUGGAGAAGUGGAGCUGGAUGCCAUUAUCAUGGAUGGAAGGACACUUGGCAUUGGUGCGGUGUCUUCAGUGAAGAACAUUGCCAACCCUGUGACACUGGCACGGGCAGUGAUGGAAAAGACUGCACAUGUCAUGCUGACAACCAGAGGUGCAAACCUGUUUGCAGAGAGCAUCGGCACGGUCACAGUCCCCACUGAUACACUGGUGACUGAGUAUGAGAGGGAAGAAUGGGACAAGCACAAGAAUUAUGUUACUGGAGUAAUGGAAGAUUUCAACUCUCAGUGGGCCCAUGAUACUGUUGGAGCAGUUGCUGUGGACUGUGCUGGGAAUGUUGCAUGUGCAACAUCAACUGGAGGGAUCAGAAAUAAAAUGGUUGGCAGAGUAGGAGACUCUCCGGUCAUUGGCUCUGGAGGAUAUGCAGACAAUUUGAGUGGUGCCGUGUCUUGUACCGGUCACGGAGAGUCUAUUCUUAAAGUCACAUUGGCCAGACUCAUUCUUUCACAUGUUGAGCAAGGUAAAUCUGUAGCAGAUGCUUCACAGUUGUCUCUGCAGUACAUGGCAGACCGUGUCCAGGGUGCAGGAGGUUCUAUUAUAGUUUCUCCAUCAGGACAGUGGGCAGCCACAUUUACCACAGAUCGAAUGGCUUGGGCAGCAGUGGAUUGUGAUCUUCUGUGGUAUGGAUUAGACCGAAAUGAAAGAUUUCAAGAGCAGUUGUCCCAAUAAUUAUUUCAACACAGUUUAUAAUCCUUAGUAGUUAUAGUAUUGAGCCAUAUUAUAGGGAACUCUGUUUUCUGCUAAUUCACUAUGGUUUGGAUCACUUGGUGGAUCUUUGCUUAUGUUGUUUCCAUCCAGAUCAAAUGUUUGUAUUUAAUAUAAUGUAAUGUUUUAUUUUUUCUAAUGUCAAAGAUAUGUACGUACUUCACAUAAAAUGUAACACAUGGAUUUUAGAGUAUAUAAUUCUCAAGAUCUCUGUCUUUUAAACUACUAGUGCAAAAGUUUGACUAGUUUUUCUUAGCCCUUGAAUUAUUGGCUAAAUAUUACGCAAAGAAAUAUACGUAUAAAUAUAAGUUGGGACACUGUGGUAAAAUAUAAAUAAAAAAACUGACAUAGUUUAUUGUCUUUUUGUGUAUAAUACAUAUGUUUGCUGAGUGAUGUAACACAGUGAUGAACAAGCCCCUGUACCAACUUUUUGUGUGAUGUCUUGCAGACAUCAAAUUUUACUGUAUUUAGAAGUGUAUAUUUACAUCUAUACAUACAAUAUCAAUGCUUGGUAUCUUGUCUUUGUAUUGUAUUCAACUGAAUAUAGUUCAAAAUAAAAUGAUUCAUAGUGAUUUUGGAGUUGGGAUUGCAGGAUGUCUCUUUUAUUGUAUUAAAAUCUCUUAAACUUU